CGCCAGAAAGAAAUUUCCAAGGCAAGCUUCCCUAAGGGAAAGAGAAAUGAGCACCAAGGGAAAGGUUAUUAAAUGCAAAGCAGCUGUUGCCUGGGAAGCAGGCAAGCCCUUCUCUAUUGAAGAAGUUGAAGUAGCUCCCCCUAAGGCUCAUGAAAUUCGAAUUCAGGUAAUCGCCACUUCCAUCUGCCACACUGAUGCCUUUAAUAUCGAUCCUAAUUUCAAGAAAGGUGUGUUCCCAGUGAUUGUUGGACAUGAGUGUGCAGGAAUUGUGGAAAGCUUUGGGCCAGGAGUGACCAACUUCAAACCAGGUGAUAAGGUAAUUCCAUUCUUUGCACCUCAGUGUAAAAAAUGCAAGUUUUGUCUGAGUCCACGUACAAACAUUUGUGGAAAACUGUGUCAUUUGAAAGAAUGA